AUGAAUUAAGUGUGUUCAUAUAAAUAUUGUACAAGUAAAACAGUAUUAGAAUUGAUGUACAUGUGUUCUGCUUGUUAAAUAAUGAAAUAUUGCUCUUAAAAAUGCAAGGAUACUGAUUGGUAGAUUGUAUAUUUUAUUAAAGGGCAUUGUCUCAUAAGAACAAUUGUAGACCAUGUUAAAUAAAGUCAAAAACAGAAUUAAAUGACUCAGCUUCAACAUUGAAAUCAAUUAGAAGAUAAGCAGAGGAUUUUGAAAUCAUUAUUAGAGAUAAUAAGAUGGAAUUAGGAAAAGGCAGUUAUGGGUGUGUAAAAUUGGUUAAAGAUAAAUAAAAUGGUUAGAUGUAUGCAAUGAAAGUGGUAUUAUUGGUUAAUAACAUUAAGAUGAAUAAAAAGUAAAUAUUUGAGUAUUGUUCUGUCGAAAAUCUUAAAAGAGAGAUUAAAAUUUAGAGAAGACUACAACAUCCUCAUAUAACAAAGUUAUUUCAUUAUUUUGAAGAUAAAGAGAAUGUAUUUCUUAUUUUAGAAUUAGCAGGUAUAUAACUUUUUUAUAUUUUUAAGAAAAUGGCAGUUUGUUCAGUUAUAUUAGAAAAAGAAAAAGGCUUCCUGAGAAUGAGGCUUUUGUAUAUUUCUUUUAAACCUGUUUAGGAAUAGAUUAUUUACAUAAGAAAAAUAUAAUUCAUAGAGAUUUAAAACCAGAAAAUUUAUUAUUAGAUAAAUAAGGUAAUAUAAAGGUUUGUGAUUUUGGUUGGUCUGCAGAAACAACUUAAAAUGGAGUCAGAAGAACUUUCUGUGGAACGCUAGAUUACAUGGCUCCAGAAAUGUUAACCAAUUAGCCAUAUAGUUUUAGUUUAGAUAUUUGGUGUUUAGGAAUUUUAUUAUAUGAAUUGAUACAUGGUUAUGCACCAUUCAAAGGAAAAAAUGAAAAUGAAAAAUGCAAUAAUAUUGUUAAAAUGGUACCUAUAGAUUAUGAUCCAACCUUAUCUAUUGAAGCUAAAUUAUUAAUUUAGGGAAUCCUUAAAUAUAAUCCUAAUGAAAGACUUUCUAUGAACUAAAUCUUUGAACAUGUUUGGAUGAAAAAAUUCUAUAAAAGUUAUGGCAUUGAUUUAAGAUCAUUCAUAUAUAGAGAAGAUAAACAACAGGAUGUGUCUAGUAGAUCAAUUUCACCAUAAAAUGAAGACAUUUUGGGUAGAUCUUUUAUUAAAACUACAAAAUAGAAUACAAGCAAUGGAGAUAUAAAAAACUUAUCAAAAUCAUCUAAUUAUCCAAUUCAAUCAAACUCUAAUAAUAAUUGCAAAUCGACUGCUUGUUCUAAUUAUAAUUAGGAUGAUGAUUUUAAAACUCGAGUUAGCAGAGUAUCUCAAAGACAAUAAAUGGCCCAAGGAUUAAGAGAAAUAUAAGGUCCAUAAUAGAGAUAAGAGGAAAUGGGAUUUAUGGAUAAAGUAUUUUCUGCUUUUGGAUGUUUGAGCAGAGAUAAACAAUAAUCAUAAUCUCAUAAUUAUUGA